AUGGGCUCCAGUGCUGUCCUGCCGGCCAGCCGCUCCCCAGACACCCGGCUCCCUGAGGGCCUGGCCUGGCAGCUCCGGGGACCAGCGGGUGGGGCCCAUGCUAUGUGGGAACCUCCCGUCCCCUUUUCCCUGAAUGCGCCUCGUGUUCCUGCUUUCUUCCCGGUGCUGACCCCGGGAGGCAGAGGACCGGUCCUGUCUGAUUUCAGGCUCUUGUUACCUCUGCUCACCUCGCCGCGCCAGGAGGCCACCCGCAAGUGGUCCUUCUUGCUCCCGCUUUGCCAACACUCUCACUCAGAGACUUACUGGCAUUCCACUCCUCUCUCCCUUUCCCUUAAUCUCCUCUAA